ACAAACCAAAAAUUGUCAUAUGGGCCAUUCUGAGUGCACUGAAAGAUGUCAAUAAAGUGUGCAUUAUUUUAUCAAACCCCUUCUGCCUCUUUGUGUUGUGACAGUACUAAAUUAUUUCAGGAAAAGAUUAUCAUUAUUAGCCAAUGUCAUGUUCAUUCAAGGUCGUUUAUGCCUUUACAGUCUAAACUACAUCUCCCAGAAAGCACGUGUGCCCGGGCCGUCAUAAAAGCUACGUCACAUGAAGUGUCCUUGAGAAGCUUUUUUUCCCCCACCUGCAUUCUGUAAAGGCCCGCCCCUACUGUGACUCUGACCAAUCGAACCAACGAAGGCAGCGAGUGCAAGCCAAUUAGAGGCUGAGGAGGGCGAGUCUUUGCGGAAUGCGGCUGUGAAAGUAAAUAAGGACACAGACCGCAGUGUUAGAGUCGGGCAUUUGUUAUUUAUGCAAGUAAGUGAAACAACUUUACAUUGUCUGUGAACCUGAAAACUAAAACCAGGACCUAUGUAUGUUUGGGUCACCACGACACACUUCAUGACACCGCGACUGUCCGACUGGUCUUAUUGAGUCACCUUUAAAAAGGGCUUUUCGGGGAAAGUUUUUCCUUAUUGGGAACGAGGGUAUCAUAUGUUGUUUUGCUGUACAGAUUAUAAAUCCCCCUGAGGAAAAAGUUAUGACAGAUAUUAGCUGCGUGUAAUAGCAUGUGACUGCUAAACUGCUCUGUAUCAUGAUUUUAAGUAGGCCUAUAUAUUCAGCUCCAAAUUAUUAAGCAAACAGUAUAUUCUACAUUCAGAGUUUAUUAAUAUAAAAGAAACAUCAGGUUUUCUCAUAUAUUACUUGGCAUUAGAUCAAAACCUAAAUUUGCCCAUUACUGCCUCUAAUGACGUUUCUCAUGUUGUGGUUUUUAGUGGAGUUGAAUCCAGGCAUUCUUCCUCUCGACUGGCUUCUGGGUACCUGGGAAUCUGAUGAACCCGGAGAGGGCUGCUUUCCCACCAUUAAACCUUUUCACUACACAGAGACAUUACACUUCAGCCACGUUGGACAACCAGUCAUCAACUUCAUGUUCAAUGCUUUCCAUGCAGAGUCGAAGAAGCCUCUGCACAGAGAGUGUGGCUUCAUCCGAAUGCAGCCGGGAACCAACAGAGUGGCAUUCAUCAUCGCACAGAACUCAGGUCUGGUGGAGAUUGAGGAGGGAGAGCUGGAAGGGCAGCAGCUGAACCUGCAAAGCCAGACUCUGGGCAGGAUCUCUUUUGCCAGGAAGCCACAUGUACAGCAGAUCUCUCGGGUGUUUCAGCUCCGACCAGAUGGGAGGCUGGAGCAGACAGUUUCCAUGGCAACAGACAACCAGUCACUGAUGCAGCACUUGCACAUCACCUACCGUCGGUCAUCUUGACUCAAACAGGCUAUCAGGCUUCUAAUACAUACAGAUACCUUGGAGAAUAAAUGACAAAUGUUGCUUAGAAAAAUAUCAAUAACGAAAUAACUUUCUAAUUUAAUUAUUUAAAUCAAGUAUAAUGAAAAGUGUAAUUAUAAAUAAUAAUGCUUGAAUACAUUAAACACAGUAAAAACUGAAAGAUGUUAUUAACCAGGAAGCUUUGUUGGUAUCUGAGCUGAGUCUCAAUUACAAAAGAUUUAAGUUACAGUCAAAUUCAAACAUUUAAUUUCACAUUGUAUUUAAAUUACAUUGUUAAACUUAUAGGUGCUUUAAUUGUGUUCAUAUUAUUCGUCCAGAUAUUUAAUAUUUAAGUUGUAAAAGAUGAUGAAUUCAUGUUAAGUAUAUUGUUGUCUUAUCUUUAACCUUCAUUGCACUAAAAUUGAAAGGAAAAGUACCUGCGUUUUUUCUAGAGUCAAUGCACUAUCUGCAGGGAGAGAGAUUCAGAGUUAAUUUGUUCUCAUACUGGAUGACAUUGAAUGUAAAAGUAUGAUUAAUGCCAGAAAAUAUGACUUUGAGGUUUACAGAGUUGCUGUUAUUUGUUUCAAUAUGUCCAGGUUUUCUGUGCUGCUGGAUUAAUGUUUCUUGUAAACUGCAAAGAAGUCUACCUUCUGAAUAAUCAUUUAAAAUUGCCUGUCAAUUAAGUUUUUGCCUGUUUCUCAUUUUUUUUAUUUUUGCACAUUCUUAAACUCCACUGAAUCACAUGGCAGCUUCAUCUGCUGGUCACCAGUUUGUGUUCUUAACCACAAAGGAAA